AGUGCGACUAGAUUUGCAUUUCUGGGUCAACUAGCUGUAAAUCGAUCAGAACAUGGCGUAUCUUGCGCCACUUUCUUCGCUCUCUCAGCUUCUAACUCUAAGUAACGUCUUUCUUUUCGUGUUAUUCGCACUUCUGGUGAACUUCGUAUGGGGUUUGUACGAGUUUCGAGGCAUGCCUCCGGGACCUCGGUACACUAGACUUCCAGUGAUCGGAAAUUUUCUGAACUUCGACUACAGGGAAGAAGAUGUACGGAAUAUGACUAAAAGUUUAUACAAGAAUUAUGGGAGAGUAUUUGCUUUGCAAGCUGGCAGCUUUAAGAUGGUGUUUGCCGCCUCACCCAAAGCAGUUAAAGAGGUUCUUGUCACCCGAUCAGGAGACUACGCAGGUCGACCUCCAUUCUACAGUUUUCUUGAAGGAACCUUAGGUGGAAAAGAUUUAAUUGUCAGCAAUGAUGGUCCGGCGUGGAAACUGCACCGCAAGUUGUUUACAUCAGCUCUUCGUCGGUAUCUUAGCGACACCCCACUUCUUGAGUCUCGAAUUGCUGAUCAAACCACCAAGCUGCUGAAGUACUUCAAAGACCGACAACACCUUCCUUUCGAUCCAUCUGAUCAGCUUAGGAGUUGUGUCGCGGAUGUGAUUUGUGGGAUUACAUUUGGCGAUAUGUUCAACUCGUCCCAUCCGGAGUUUGACAGGUUUCUUGGUGAUCAUGUGUUUUUAAUUGAAGACGCCGAACACAACGCUCAAAUUGCGCUUUUGGAUUUUUUCCCAAUAGCCCAAUACCUGCCGUUUAAGGCGUAUAAAAUAACGAGGGAGAAAGAUGAAUAUAUAUUUGGCGUGCUUCGUAUGUUACUAGACCAAGGCAAGAAGACGUAUGACGACACGCAACCCGCGCGUGAUCUGAUGACUGCCAUACUUCAAGAGAGAUUGAAAGCUGAUGCCGAGAACGAAGAGCAGAAGCAGGUGUUACUGGCUGAUGAAUACCUGUUAAACCAGCUUGGGGACAUGUUCAUUGCUGGCUACGAGACGACCAGCACCUCUCUUCGCUGGGCCAUCACGUUCCUGGUCAACUAUCCGGAGUACCAGGAAGAAAUUCACCAACAGCUAGAUCAGGUUGUGGGUCCGGAUCGAAUGCCUACACUUGCCGACCGACCCCAGUUAGCCAUCAUUCAAGCCACUAUCAUGGAAGUCCUUCGUCUUGGGAACGUCGUACCCAACGCCAUCCCCCAUUACACGCUUAAAGAUACGUGGCUGUGUGGUUACCGUGUGCCAAAGGACACCAUUGUUAUUGUGGAUACCAUGGCCGUGCAUCUGGACCCGACGUGCUGGGAGAAUCCGACUCGGUUCGACCCCCACCGACAUCUCACCGAGAAAGGUGAACUAAACACAAGCCAAGGGAACUUUCUGCCAUUCUCCGCGGGCAGACGUGUGUGUGCUGGUGAAUCUCUCGCUAAAGUCGAGCUCUUCCUCUUUCUCUCCUGGAUGCUGCACAAAUUCCGUUUCGUUGGGGAAGAAGGGAAGCCGCCUCCUACCAUGGAGGUCAACGCUGGCUUUACGCAGAGUCCAAAGAAAUACAAGAUUCGCGCCAUUGAGAGAAACUAAAGAAUGCAAGUACUUUGAUUUUAGCAGGAUGAGCACGGAUUAUUUAAACCUAAUAUUAAAACUUUUUAAUUAAAUAUUUUUCAGUCGCGGAUCAGUAAAUAAUAUCAAUUCACAGGUA